CACUUAGCAAAAAUCAGCCAUUACUUUCCGUUAGCAAAAAACUGUUUUUAUUAUUGAGUUAGCAAUUUCUCAUUCCGUCAUGAAAAUUGCUCAACUUGAGUAAAAAAAACCCAUUUGCUACUGUUUUAGCAUUUACAGUAGCACGGACUCAAACCGCGAUCAAUUUGUUAGUUGUUUUGUUUUUCUUUUCGGUUCGAAAAUAAAAGAUGGAUGGUUUUGUACGCGUUUUCCCAAAUUAUGUUGGUGAGCGAAAUUUAGAUACAUUUAAUUGUUUAUAAUCGUAACACAACAUAUAUUUUGUUAUUUUUCAGGUUCUAAUGUUUCCCCAAUAAUAAGUUUUACGGAUCUAGUCGCAUCUGAAUAGCCAACGAAAAAAAAUACGACAACUUCCGAGGGUUUUAGUGUGCGUAACCGGAACUCUCGUCCCGUCCCUCUGCCAUCCGGAUGAUUGAUGAAUAUGGACGGUGGCUCGAUGAGCAACUAACAGGAGUUGUCCCACACCCCAGAUUUAUCAGGUUAUCGUUGGAGCUAGGUUCGCACAAGGCAAAGGAAGUUGGUGGUUGCGAUGCAGCAGGAAGAUCCCGCGCCGCUCGGCCCGGAUCUCAUUGUUCGGGAAGGAAAGUUUGGAUUUUGGCACUCGAUUUGAUGACUGGCGCACGAGCACCGUUAUCGAAACGAAGAGGACUGCAGCGGCCUCCACCACUUGUAAGGUGUUUGGACAGCUUGGGUUAUUCAUUGAUCGCUGUAUUGGCGGAUUUGCUGAUUGAAUAUCAGAAAACUAAUCGGGCACAAUGAGGUCGUUCCGGGAAUGGGAAUACAAGUGUAAACUCCUUGGUUUACUCAAGUGCUGUUUGAGGUAGACUCACUUAUGCUUUACCACAAUUAUAAUGCUUGCGCUUCGGGUGUACAACUGUCACACCGUUCUUCAGUUGUACUCCAAAGAAAUAGUGAAAAUUAUACUGGCAAUGGAAGCACAUAUCCCACGGAGCAGCAAUAUAAUCGAAAAUAAAUUACAGAUAAUAGUUCAAAUAAAGUAGUUUUUAUUUUCAAUUAUUGGAAAGAAAUCAACGGGUAUUUUAAAUUUAAUUUUAACUCAAAUUCUAGCAAACGUUAAAAAAAUGUUGCUAAAAUUUCAGCAAACAACGUUUUUUUUUGCUAUAAAAUUAGUAAAAAUUUAGU